UGUUGGCUCUUUAUCAGGUAAAAAACGAAAAAAGCCAGAUUAGUUUUACAAUUCCACGAUAAUUAUUAAAAAAGAAAACGAAUAUUUAGCUCUUAAAUAUGGAUAAUUUAAAGCAGUUAAUAAAGUCCUAUGAGACAUGGGUGGCAAAAAAUCCCGAUAUUGUAUGCGAUGUAGAAACCACAGCAAAGUGGGUGUCGUAUUUUGUAGCAGGACGCAUAUCCGAUUCCAGCGUGGCUACCGAGUUAAUAUAUUCUCUCUCCAAUCUGUUGGUAUUAUACAAUGAUCGCAUUAUAGCUCAGGACCGUCAGGAAAAGGGCGAAAAGGUGCCAGGUGAAAUUGCAACAGCGUCCGGUUCAAGUGGUUUUUGUUAUCGUCUAAAGGUCAUGUUGACCACACUCGAAUACUGUGAAGUUUUUAUAGAGAUUUCCGCUAAACGUGUAUUUGGCAAUAAGGGCAAAUGGUUGGUAAUAGCCGGCAUACAGAUGAUGAAAGCCGCUGGUCGUUAUUUUAUUUUAAAACAUUCCGUAGAACAAAUUAUCACUUCACCCGCUAUGCCGGCACUUAAUAGAAGAGCUUUGAAAAAGAACAAACAUACAAAUCCUAACACAGCAACAACUGGUCAUACACAUUCAUUGGAAGAGCAUAAUAUCACAUUUAAAUUGAAAAGAUCUGGACGUAUAGUGCGUAAAGUAGAAGGAGCACCACCCUUACAGUAUCGUUCCUUUAAGUUAAAUGAAGAAAUUGAAAGUAUACAAAAAUCUCAAGUACCCAAGAUUUUAUUGCAAGCCGAAUAUUUAUAUAUAGCUAAGCCUUUAAUACAUUUGGCUUCCAUGGGUGUUUUCGGUGAAAGCUCCUGGAAACAAUUUAUGGUUUCUUUCGCUGUAGAUAUGGCCAGCAUUAAUAUGUAUCGUAAGAAUCGCCAUCUAAUGACAAAAGAACAACAGCUUAUCUUAUCACAUCGUUGUGUUAAUCUUUUACUCUAUCUUAUGAGGACACCUUUCUAUGAACGUUUUACACAAACACGUCUAGAACGUAUAUUAGGUUUUAUAGCCAAUCAUGUACCCAUUGCUAAAAUGGUGGCUGGUCCUUUGCUUGACUAUAUUCCCCAUUGGCAGUCCACCUAUUUCUAUUUGUGGUCUACCUAGAAAAACAAAAACCUUUUCAAAUUCUAGUGUUUAAGUUAAAAAUGGAGAAACUAUGGUUUUCUUUACUGUAGUAAUCAGUUUUGGUAAAAGGGGCUUUGUUUCGUUUUAGGCCAUGAAGUUAGCUUUUUAGUUUCCUUUAAGUAUUGAAGGUAUCUUAAGUAAUAAAAAAAGUAGUUAACUAUAUUAUUUAAUAUUUUUUUACAUAGAUUUAGAAAUUAAUAAUAAAAAGUAUUUGAAAAUUUUGUAAAACGAA